AUGUCUUCUUUCAAGAGAACGUCGGAACGUCCCACUCUUCCUUCCAUUCACACCCUCGACUUGCCUUUUGUGCCCAAGGCAAGCUCGUCUUACGACACCAGCGGAAAGUCUGAUCGAGACAUCUGGGCUCCUCGCUCUCGAUACGCCCACGGACUCCGCAAAUCAUCUACCUCUUCCUCAACCACCUCCAUGUCCCGCUCGCCCUCGCCGUCCUACCCCUCAUCUCGCGCAUCCUCUCCUGCAUCCUCGUCUGCCUCAUCCGAUUCCUUCUUCCCCUCGCCACCCACUUCAGCGACUAUGCCCGCCGGCCAAGUCCGCCUGGUGCCCUGCUCAUUCGAAGAGGCAAACGCUAUCAUCGUGAUGCCCACCACAUCCACCAACUCCGCACCUUCGUCGACGGGGAAGACGAGCCAGCAGCAGCAACAACCCCUCCUCCUCGUUGGCUCUGCGAUGCAGCAAUACGUCAAACUCCGACACCCACAACGCGAGAUGUCCAAGAACGCGCGCGUGCAUCCUUACAAGAUUAUGCCCUCCAACGGCGGCAGCCUCUCCCGGAGGUCGUCUGUGGCUUCCCUGGUGUCCAACGCCAGCUGCAGCAGCGUCCCAGCGCAGUAAAGCUACCCCUGCGACUCUAAAACCCGCCCAUCGCGUGGAGGUGGAAGCGGCGGCGGAGACCUCGAAGAGGUUCUAAGUUAUGAUCUAUAUUGUUUUUUCUCUCGCUUUCUCUCGAACGGCUUUCACGACAAUGCAUCAAGACCAUCAACAACGAAACUUUGAAACGAAAUCUCUGUACGAAUUAUACCACCCACCCCCAACACACGAUACCACGGUUUUUGGCAUCACGGGACUACUUUGCAUGCAACGCAACGCAACGAACGGCUUCUUAUCAACUCCAAUUGUACUUUUUGUAUUUCUACUACCCUUUUUUCUUCUGUGAAUCAAGGCGAUGGGUUAACCCCCGUUGACUUUGGUAUGUAGAAGAAAUGUUCUACCUUACUCAUGUAGAGUUUAAUUUGGACUGUCGCCUGUAGUACUACUUGCUCGCAUGGUACGGUUACAGUAGUCAGUCCACAAAAUGU